AUGAUGUUACCAGCGGCAGAACCAAGCGAUCACCAAGUCUCCUAUGAACACAAUGGUCGCAUUAUCAAUGGCACCUUGGCACAAUUCAAUGCCACGCAACAUCAGGUCUCAAUACGAUCAAAGCGCAAUGAUGGUUACUUUUUUGGCACAGGUCACCUCUGUGGUGGUUCGUUGAUUAGAUCCGACGUAGUGCUGACGGCAGCGCAUUGCUUUGUCAAUUAUGAUAUCAACAAUGGCACGUUCCGUCCAGAAACGGAUUUCAUUGUGGUUAUGGGCAAUUUGGAUCGCUACGAGCGCAACAACUAUACACUUGUUUUUGAAGUGAAGGAAAUCAUUUUAAAUAUAAGCGUUUUUAAUUUAACCACCUAUGAGUCCGACAUUGCUUUGGUGUUCCUGAAUGACUCAGUACCAGCGAACUACACUAGAGCUCAGACAAUUGACAUAACUAAUCGAUCAGUGGCUACGGGCACUGUUUGUCAGGUGACUGGUUGGGGUCAAACUGAAGAUGGUUACUUGUCCGACUAUUUGAUGACGGUGGAUGUGCCCAUCGUAGACUUCAAUGUUUGUGCGAACAACAUGAGUUUCGGCGCGGGCUUGAUUCGUGAAGGUAUGUUAUGCGCUGGCUAUUCGGAGGGCGAGCGGGAUGCCUGCGGCGGUGAUUCUGGUGGUCCACUUGUUUGUAACCGAGAAUUGGCUGGCAUUGUGUCGUGGGGUAUUGGUUGUGCUGAACCGCUACUACCAGGCGUUUACACAAAUGUUUCCUACUGGUCGAAUUGGAUAGAGUCACAUCUUAAUGGUGCACCAAGCGCCAGCCAUAUUUCGGGUGUUAUUGUGUUUCUCACUGUAUUUGGGACUUUAUUUAUGAAUAGAUAA